AUUAAACUAAAUAUAAGAAAAAAUUGUGGUCUAAAAUUGAAGGAGAUAGCAGGUGAAGUUCUCAAGAUUUUUCUCCCACAGGCCAAAGCCAAGUUGAACUGGCAUGGCCACUGUUGCAACCAGAGGAAUUGGAGUAGGAGUGACAAAGCUCCAACCCCACAAACCAAAGCACAACAAGUCCUUGUUCCUUGGCCAGAGGCUUAGGAUUAGACCCUCUGGGGAGGCUCAAUGCGGUGCAAGUUUCAGUGUCUCAAACCCAAAAGUGGUUCAAGUUUUUGCACUAGGGGGUGAAUGGGUUGACACAGUUCACAACCUCUUUGUGGGUGUUGGGGUUGGACUUCCUUGCAGUGUGAUGCAGUGUGGUGAUGUGAUCUAUAGGAGCACUCUUCCCCGGUCUAGUGGCUUGACACUUACUGUCCCUGGGGUGGUUCUGGCUUUGGGGACUCUAUCUUAUCUUUGGGCCACACCUGGUGUAGCACCUGGUUUCUUUGACAUGUUUGUUCUUGCUUUUGUUGAGAGGUUGUUCAGACCUACUUACAAAAAGGAUGAUUUUGUUCUGGGGAAGAAGUUGGGGGAGGGGUCAUUUGGAGUGGUAUAUAGAGUGUCACUGGCCAACAAGCCCUCUUCAAAGGAAGGUGACUUAGUCUUGAAGAAGGCAACUGAAUAUGGUGCUGUAGAAAUUUGGAUGAACGAGCGUGUACGAAGAGCUUGUGCAAACAGCUGUGCAGAUUUCGUUUAUGGUUUUCUUGAGAGCUCUUCAAAGAAGGCUGCUGAAUACUGGAUUAUAUGGCGGUUUGAAGGAGAUUCCACCCUAGCUGACUUGUUGCAGAAUAGAGAGUUUCCAUAUAAUGUUGAAACAUUGAUUUUGGGUGAGGUCCAAGACUUGCCCAAAGGAUUGGAAAGAGAAAAUAGAAUCAUUCAAACAAUCAUGAGGCAGAUAUUGUUUGCACUUGAUGGUCUUCACUCAACUGGUAUUGUGCAUAGGGAUAUUAAGCCACAGAACAUUAUUUUCUCUGAAGAGUCUCGGACAUUCAAAAUCAUUGAUCUUGGAGCUGCAACAGAUCUGCGAGUUGGCAUCAACUACAUUCCUAAAGAGUUUCUUUUGGAUCCAAGAUAUGCUGCACCAGAGCAGUACAUCAUGAGCACGCAAACUCCGUCAGCGCCCUCAGUUCCAGUUGCAACUGCACUUUCCCCAGUCUUGUGGCAGUUGAAUUUGCCUGACAGGUUUGAUAUCUAUAGUGCUGGUUUAAUCUUCCUUCAAAUGGCAUUCCCCAGUUUACGCUCUGAUAAUAGCCUCAUACAAUUCAACCGUCAAUUAAAGAGAUGUGACUAUGACUUGGUUGCAUGGAGAAAAACUGUAGAGCCUCGAUGUGGCCCUGAACUGAGGAAAGGCUUUGAGAUGUUGGAUUUGGAUGGUGGAAUAGGAUGGGAACUUCUGAAAUCAAUGGUAAGGUACAAAGCAAGACAACGACUGAGUGCAAAAUCAGCAUUAGCUCAUCCUUAUUUUGACAGAGAAGGCUUGUUGGCAUUGUCUUUCAUGCAAACACUGAGGCUGCAGCUCCUACGUGCAACUCAGCAGGACUAUGGAGAAGCUGCCAAGUGGAUUACUAACCUAAUGGCAAAAUCAGGGACACAGAAAGAUGGUGGAUUCACUGAAGCACAGCUUCAGGAACUGAGAGAAAUUGAGCCUAAAAUUUCAAAGAAAGCUAAUGCACAGAGAAAUGCUCUAGCUUCAGCCCUUAAACUUCAGAGGAAGAUUAUAAGAACCUUAAAUGAGAGUAUGGAUGAGCUCAACAGACGCAGGAAAAGCUUUUGGUGGAGCAGAUGGAUCCCAAGAGAGGAAUGAAAAUUGUAAAUACUAAAAAAAAUCGUGGUAAAAAAAAUGUUAUGGCACUUUCCUUAAAGUUUCUUCUAGCCAGCUGUGCAUCAAGGAUAAAUCAAACCUCAUUGUUGUCCAUAGACUCAAGAGCAGGAAAAGAAAUGGUCACUUCUUAAGUGUUAUCCUACCCCAUUUCUUGCUUUAUUCAGAAGGAAAGUUUGUUCUAAUUUUCAAUGGAGGAUAUGAUAUGGGGUGCACUUUCAUGAGUGGCUAAUGGGCCUGAUUAAUUUUUCUUUUGCCU